AUGACGAAAAAUAAAAAAGGAAAAAAUAAAGAAGUUAUAAAUAACUAUGAAGAAGAAGAAGAUUAUAAUAUCAUAGAUCAUGAUGAAAAUGCCGAAGUAGAUGUAAUUCCUGAACCCGAUUUUAAUUCAAAUAUGGUUUAUUUAAAUAUAUACGAUUUAGAUUCCGUUUCUAAAGUUGUUAAUACUGUCGCUAGAUCAGUAGGAGCCGGUGCUUUUCAUGCUGGUGUAGAAGUAUAUGGAUAUGAAUAUUCGUUUGGUUACAUAAUGGAUGGUGAAACAGGCGUAACUAAGACAAAUGCUCGUUAUCAUCCUUAUCAUGUAUACCGAGAAACAAUUCCAAUGGGUAAAACUCCAUUAACAAAAGAAGAAGUUGAUCUUCUUGUCGAGGUUAUGAAACUACAAUGGAUAGGAGAUACUUAUGAUAUAUUAUCAAGGAAUUGCCUAAAUUACGCCGAUUAUUUUUGUAAUUUAUUGGAUGUGGGUGGUAUACCUGAGUGGGUUAUGAGCUUACAAAAAAAAGUGACCUGGGUUAAAUCAAAUAUAAAUAUAGCCGCCAGUAAAUUAAAGGAAUUAAACAAAGCAGCUGGUAUUCCCAAUGUCAUUAAUUAUUUGAAGAAAAAAUAUGAGGAUAGUAAUAGUAGUGAUGAUUAUAAAGGGUAA